CAAAUGGGGCGUGUUUUCCCUCUCAGAGUACAGCCUAUGUAUAUAACUUUGCUAGUACACUUAAAUGCUGUUUGCCUGAAACGUUGCAAAGCAUGGCAUAUAUAUUCAAGACACUCAAGAGCUGGUUCUGGUGGGAAAACAUCUGGAUGCCUGCCAAUGUCACAUGGGCAGAUUUUGAAGACCGUGAUGGCUACACCUUUCCAAAGCCACAUCAGUUAUAUGCUUGUAUACCCUUCACACUUGUUUUGCUGAUUAUCCGAUUCUUCACUGAAAAAUACGUUGCCCUGCCACUAGCCAAAGCUUUAGAUAUAAAGAAUGUAAGACGGGUGAAGCCUCAGCCCAACUCUGUUUUAGAGGCUUAUUUCCGAAGCUGCACAAGAUGUCCAUCCCAAUCAGAGAUGCUGCGCCUGGCCAAAAAGUGUAAUUGGACGGUUCACCUGGUACAAAAGUGGUUCAAGAGACGGCGAAAUCUUGAAAUCCCAAUGACGCUGCAAAAAUUUAAGGAGUCCUGUUGGCGAUUUAUAUUUUAUCUCUCAUCAUCCAUUGCUGGAUUUAUAUUUCUAUAUGAUAAACCUUGGUUUUAUGACAUCUGGCAAACAUGGGUCAACUACCCAUAUCAGUCCUUGCUGCCAUCCCAGUAUUGGUACUAUAUGGUUGAGAUAAGUUUUUACUGUUCACUGUUGUGUACCCUUGGUGUGGACAACAAAAGGAAGGAUUUUAUAGCCCAUGUCAUUCACCAUCUGGCUGCCAUUGGUUUGAUGGGCUUCUCAUGGUGUGCCAAUUACGUUCGUAUGGGGACGCUGGUGAUGAUUGUACAUGAUAUUGCAGACUUCUGGCUCGAGGCAGCCAAAAUGUUUAAUUAUGCCCGGUGGGAGAAAACCUGCAAUGUCCUCUUCGUCAUCUUUUCUGUGACGUUUUUUAUCACACGAAUCAUCCUUUUCCCCCUUUGGAUCCUGCAUGGUACACUCAUUCUGCCCCUUUAUUACUCCACAACUCCAGUCCUAGCAUAUUUCCUCAUCAAUGGACAGCUACUGGCCCUGCAGGGCCUACAUCUUUACUGGGGCAACUUAAUUCUCGAUGUAUUGAAAAAAUUCAUUUUCGUAGAGCACUUGAAAGAUGACCGGAGCGAUGAAGAAGAGGAAGACUCCCUCUCUGAUAUUGAAGAGGAGCGUGUGAAGAAUGGCAGCAAAAAUGGCUGUGGGCUAAGGAAGAGUUGCUACCUGAACAACAAUACUCAUUAGACCCACACCUGCAUCACAUCCUGCAGUAUCACUUGUCAUGUCCCAAAUCCAACCUACAGUACAGAAAGGAAAGUCAACACCCUAUGAGAGUCCAAGAUUGAUUUAUUGCUAGUUACUAGACCUGGAAAGAAGCCCAGUGUAAAGCAGGUGGCGGUGAGAGAUUUGCUUAAUAAGACAAAAUGCAUUAAUGGCCUACUUUCUUGAGUCACUGCAUAUUAGUGUGUGAAAAACAUAUCUCAAAUGUGCUAAUCAUUCCACUCUUAAAAUGCUCAAGGAUUUCAGUGCUCGUAGAGCAAGUGAAGUCUAAUUGGCUCUAGCGUAGUUUGCAAGUCUGGCAGAAAUAGGGCAGUUUUCCCAAAAGCCUUUAAUGUUCUUUCCACAUAAGUUUGGAAGUGUGGAGUUAAUAUGAGUUCUACUAAAAAUCAGAAUUGCUUUGUUUAAGAAAGAUGUGGCAUCAGGAUGCAUUAACAGGCAUGUUAAUCAUCUGAUUUGAGUUCAAGCAUUUAGCGCUGGCUGCUACCCAUGAAUCAGAGCAUACUUCUUGAUGGCUGGUCCAAGCUAGCAUUGAGUCACUGGAGUUGUUGGUGCUUCCAUGAAUCAUUUGCUUCACUAAGAACCAAGGAGUUUAACCCCCCCACUCAAAGGCUGCGUCUACAUAGCACAUGGCAGUGUUGUGCAUAGAUACCCAAGUUAGCUCUGAA